AUGUAUGCAGCUGCGACUCAUCUCAUCGAGACUCUUACACGAAACUCAUUUUCGGUAUUUCUCCACGACAAGCUUCUCAAGAAGUUGGACAUGACCUCCACUUUCCUCCAGCCCAGCGAGGUCUUCGCUAGCAACCUACAAGACUACUUUUCUACGCCAUACUCCUACAAAGAUGGUUCGUAUCACGAGACUUGCCAUCAAGAGACACCCGAAGCUCAGGGAGCCGGUUCGAUCCAAACGAGUGUCAACGACUUCGCCAAGUUUAUCCGAGCCAUGAUCAAUCAAUCCGGUCCCAUCACGAAAUCAAUAUAUGAGGCUCUCACAACGCCACGCAUAGCGAAAGACCAACGUCCCAGUCGCUCGCCGUCUGGAUCUAAACAUCCUCCGCCGUCGUAUGCACUAGGAUGGGACGUCAAGUAUCAUCGCGGCGCGCAAAUAAUCUCCCAUGACGGCGUGAUCAAUGGCUAUGGGAGUAGAAUGUUCUUUCUGCCUGAUCACAAGACUGGAGCCGUCAUCCUCGGCAACAGCGACGGCGCGUUCGAUCUCUCGUGGAUUAUUCAGAGCUACCUCGUCGACGAGAUGUUGCAGGUACCGAAAGAACAGCGAUUCGACGUCGCAAGCAGCCGCUUGAAACGGUUCAAAGCACAAGAGACACGACGGGCGAAGAACCUCAAGCGGAACGCCGACAGAAGAGAUCAAGCAAGAGGUAGUCUUAAGCUUCCUAUCGAAGCGUACUUAGGCGACUAUCACAAUGACGGAUACCGCACUAUUGUAGUGCAGGAAAAAGCUGGUUCUUUGUUCAUCAACGGAAGCGAUCGUUCCAUGCCCUUCACGAUGUUGCUUGAACAUGUCAACGCCGAUUCUAUCUUCCGAGGAUACCUGGCCGACGACACUGGUGAAGACGUCGUACCUGUUCAAUUCCGCUUUUCUCCAGAAGGUCGCGUGUCUGCAAUGGGCAUGGUUCUCGAACCAUCAUUGGGUGAUGACCACUUUAUCUGGUUCGAUCGUUUGCACGAGACCUCAAGGAACAGAGAAUGGUACAAAGCAUGA